AUGAAGCCUUCUUCGUCUCGUGUGCAACUUCCGAUGGAGCUUCCAUCGUCUCGUGUACAACGUCAGGCGGAGCCUUCAUCGUCUCGUACGAAACUUCAGACGGAGUAUGUUCCAAGCCGUUUGAGAAGGUACGACGACAUUGGUCGCACGGGGGCCAUUCGAUCUUCAUCCAAGCUGCAAAGAAAUCCAGAUGCAAGUUGGUCAGGUGCGGCGGCUCGUUCAAGGCGUAAUAAUGCAACCCGGGAAAACUAUCCCUUAUCUCAUGCAGGUGUUCCGAUGCGUCGCUUGAGAGGAUCAGAUGGCCAAAGAUUGGAACGGUUGGGGAGGCAGUCCAGACCACGGCGGCGGCACCCAAAUGGGUCAACUGUCCAGGACCCCCCCCUACCCCUCCAGCCGUCGGUGGUUUCACUCGGGGGAAGAGAGUUCGAGGACCAUGGCAAUGGUAUAUAUGUCUCCCAUUCCGUGGCGCAGUCAUCUAGUGGGCGAGAACACUCCCAUGAAGUCCCUCAGGCCCCUCUCGUCCCAACCCGAUCGCCUACCCCAGAGCCUCAUGCGCCGUUGCUAGGUUGCCAAGAACUCCCUCCGCUUUCGGCAUUGGGGCUGUCUGGGAUAGAAGGCCACUCAUCAUCUAGCACGCUGGAGGGGCGCUCUUCCUCUCCUACCCGACCAAGUACGCCCCAGCAGCAUUCUCUCUCUCCACCUCAAUCAGGUACCACCAUGGUACAUACUUCGUCACCGAAGGGGUCACGCACAUCGCAGACGGAAACAAUUCUGCCCACGUCAGAGACACGCGGGGCGCGUGAGGAGAUUGACCGCCCGCUUGGUGCGAAACACAGUGAGGCGGUCACCCAGCGGGUACUUUAUGGUAGCAUUCCUGGACAUCAACAGGAGUCGCCGCCACGCCCAUCCAAUUCCAUAACCCCUUUGGCCUUGCCACAAAGCUCAUCUAACCAGGCAGCUCCCUCCCACGCAGAGUCAUUCAGGGCACCUAACGAGAGCUUCGCCCAUCCCCUCAACACAAGAAGCGUGCCUGACACAUUGAUUGAUAUGGAGGUGGAUCCUCCACCACAGGUGUUUCAGCAUGGCCCGGACCCUGCGGACUGGCAUAGUAAAGACUGGGAAUAUGGUGCCUUCCCGGCACCUCGUCACUCGCACAGCAUUGGUAGGGGACAUCGACGAUCUCGUGCGCCGUACCGAUCCCCAGUCCGCGUCACAAUGCGCCCGGUGCUCGGGCGAACUGUCACUCAAAGUGCUCCUGCGUCGGGUUACCGCCGCCCUUCUUAUGUCACGUCAUCCUCAUCCAUCCCCUCUGCCGUCACAGCGCAUUCUGUACUAACUACUUUGGACCACGUUCGGGAAAGGAGAGAUGCUAGGCGGGGUAUCCCACCGAUUCUGCGAUCUGGCAUGCGCCCCAUGCUCACACGUUUGAUGAAUGGCACAGGAUCUUGGGGUCGCAGGAGUGCAUUGACGCUGUACGGUGUCCCUCGCAAAGUGCUUUCUCGGGUGAAGGAGGCGUUGGGAAGCGAUGAGAUGAUCGUCGAUCCUGUCUCGCCCAGACAGGAUCCCGCAACUGCGAGAAAUUCUCUGCACCCGAUCGCUCCUACGGCGCUAGUAACUCCACCUGCUGCAAUGAUGGAGGUGGAUGAGAAUCUACCUUGUAUCCUACCUGGAUCGCAGUUUGAACACGUGAAAUCACGAGAGGGUGAUUCCGACGUUCAACUCGAGCCUGCCAGCAGUCUCGAUAGUGCGGCAGGUAGCAUUCAACAUGUGGAAGCGGUGGCUAACGAGGAAGCGGACGACACAUCGGAUAGCGAGGCGACUGAAAGGGAGGCAAAUAGCACCAUAGACGGCCAGGCGACUCGAAGUAAGGCAGAUGGUGCAUUGGGCGACGCCAAGCCGGACGAUGCAGAGGCGUCUAGCGAGCGCACUAGGGACGCCCCUGCUAAUGUAUCCAUUAGCAGUGCAGCGUCCCGUAAAACAGCAAACGGACCAUUAGCGAAUGUACCAGAGGCGAAGGCGGCACCCAGCGAUGAACUGGGGGGAUCCUCGACCAACCCUGUUGUGCCCCAUCUUACAAUCGCUAAUGUCCCGAACGACGCUGCGGCACCCACCAUGGAGGCAAACGCUGCGACAAGGCAACUCGCUGACAUGCUGAGGUACGCUUGA